AUGGGCCUCUCAUCGGUGCUCUGUGACGCGUUGUCCGUUAUCGCGGAACCGAGCUCCAACGAUCCCAUUCUUCAGUAUGAAGACCCUCAGCUUCAAAACCUCCAACAUCUCAUCUUCAACGAGUACGAGAAAGCACUCGAGCUUGCCAAUUCAAAAUUACACGUGUUCCCAUUCCACAAUGUGCAUCCCUGCUGGCAUCGUCUCUACACCGACGCGUCUAUCGUCAAGGCGUGCGUCAUUAUCAUCACCAAAUGCGGCCUGACCUCCGAACAAACCUUCGAAUCCCAACUCGACAUCGCACAGUUCAUACGCGACAUAAAGAAUGCACCAACCGAGACAAAGAUCUCCCCAGAUGCACCAUGGCUUUCAGAUGUCGUGGAGAUUCUCGACAAGCUCUUGAUCAUGACUGGCGCCCCUCUCCGCGAGAAGCUUGUUGAAUCCUUGCUUUCCACGCUCCAGACCGCCGCAGGAUCAGAGAAUGAGCAGGACAGCGAUAGCAGCGUCGAAGGUCGUGCAUCCAAGCGUAGGAAAUUCUCGCCUCCUCUCUUUCCUCCCGAUGCGAUCCCUAAUCCCGACCUGGAACGACCGAUCCCGCGUUUGUCGGCGCCGUCGUUUGAUUCCAUCGAAGACCACAUUGCAAACGUACGCACUCCACUGGUGAUUACGGAUGCCAUAAGCCAUUGGCCGGCCACUUCGACGCGUCCAUGGGCUUCGCGGGACUACUGGUGGAAGCGCACAUUCGGGGGUCGCAGAUUGGUUCCCAUCGAGCUGGGAAGAUCAUAUACCGACGAGGAUUGGGGCCAGAAGAUUAUUCCAUUCAAAGACUUCGUGGACAGGCAUCUGUGGCAGGGUAAGCUAGCCCCGACUGGCAUGCCAACGAAACAAGCGCAGGCCAACGACCUCGACGGGGAGACAGCAUACUUGGCGCAACACAAUCUGCUCGCGCAAAUACCCGCCUUGCGCAAUGAUAUCAGUGUACCGGACUACUGCUAUAUUACUCCUCCUGGUCCGGAGCCGGGAACCCCAGUCUAUGAGAAGAAAAAGCAAGAACGUGAAGCGAAAAACCAAGCCCGAGCACAGACUGAACACCCACACCCUAAAGUGGACACGCCAAACGAAUAUGACACGGCUGACGAUGGUUCGGACGUGGGAAUGCCCAGUGACCCUAUUAUCAACACAUGGAUCGGGCCUGCCGGGACCAUCUCCCUCUUCAUCAUGAUCCUUAUCACAACAUCCUCGCGCAGGUCGUGGGCACCAAAUACAUCCGUCUCUAUUCGCCGCGCACGCCUGCUUCUCAAAUUCACCCACGCGGUCAUGAAUGGGUCACGUCGAUUGACGAGACGGCAGAGCCAGACCCCGUGA